GAAGGUCGGUUGUUGCUGCCCGGACGCGUUUGUACGGAACGCCACUGUCAGUCAAACACGGGCAGCUAGCUAGCUAGCGUAACGGAGCUAGCUUCAGCAAACAUUUGGAGGCUCCGCGAGGAAGAUGAGCACCAAACAGGUCACCUGCCGGUACUUCCUGCACGGCGUGUGCCGGGAGGGCAGCCGCUGCAUGUUCUCUCACGACCCGUCCAGCAGCAAGCCUUCCACCAUCUGCAAGUUCUACCAGAGAGGAGUCUGCGCCUACGGAGAACGUUGCAGAUACGACCACAUCAAACCGGCUUACAGAGGAGGGGGCGGGGCUUCGGAUAACAAGGCGGGCCCUGGAGGCGGAGCUUCAGUCAGACCUGAUGCCAGGAAGCCAGUGAGAGAUGCUCAAGCGGGCCAUCUCGACAGCGCCUUCGGGGGUCCGGCGGUCAGCGCCGGGGUUUCCGAGGCGCCGCCCGCUUCUUCUCACUCGUACGUGGACGCCAUCAGGACGGGCCUGGAAGCGUCGGUGCCGGAACAAGCCCCUCCCCAGAUGGGCGGAGCCUACCAGGACUUUUCCCAGCUGUGUCCGUACGCCGCCGCCGGCCGCUGCUUCUACCGGGACGACUGCCCGUAUCUCCACGGCGACCGGUGCGAAGUGUGCCGGCUGCACGCGCUGCACCCGCAUGACGCCGAGCAGAGGCGGGCCCACGAAAAGAUUUGCAUGCUGGCCUUCGAGAGGGACAUGGAGAAAGCCUUUGCGGCGCAGCUCAGCCAAGACAAGGUGUGUUCCAUCUGCAUGGAGGUGGUGGUUCAGAAGGCCAUCCCGUCGGAGCGGCGCUUUGGCAUUUUGUCGUCGUGCUGCCACGUCUUCUGCUUGGCGUGCAUCCGACAGUGGCGAUGCACGCGCAACUUCAGCAACAAGAUCAUCAAGUCGUGUCCCGAGUGUCGCGUGGUCUCCGAGUUCGUCAUCCCCUCGGUGUACUGGGUGGAGGAGCAGGAGGACAAGGACAACCUGAUCGAGCUCUUCAAGUCCGGAGUCAGCAAGAAGGCGUGCAAGUACUUUGACCAGGGCCGCGGCUCGUGUCCCUUCGGAGGAAAGUGUUUGUACCUCCACGCCUUCCCGGACGGAAGCCGAGCGGAGGCGGAGAAGCCGCGCAAGCAGCUGAGCUCGGAGGGGAACGUCCGGUUCAUGAACAACGUGCGUUUGUGGGACUUCAUCGAAGAGCGCGAGCAGCACCCCGGCGGCCGCGCGUUGCCGUCGCUGGAUGAUGACAUCACGGAGCUGAGAGAGCUCUUCAUGCAGAUGUCGGCGCCCGGACACGACGGGCCCGAGAUGGGCCAGGAACAGCAACAGCAGCAGCAGCAGCAGCAGCAGCAGUAGAAGAAGAAAAAGAAGAUGCGGUGUUGUCAGCUAAAAACACACACACACACACACUCACUCACACACACGUGCGUACGCACACGCAUUGCGAUAGUGUGAGCGUGUGCGAGUGCUCACUUCCUGCCUGCGUGCUGCGAUGUGAAUACUUGAUCUAUUUAUAGACGCUAGUCAAGUUUGAGCCGCUUCGAGCUGAUUUGUGCUCUUUUAUCCUUCGUGUACGUCCACAUCUUCAUCUUCAUCUUCAUCACAAAUAAAAAAGAUCCUGACUAACACGCACAACAA